AGUAUAAUAUGGAAUUUAUUUGAUUUUCUAGGUGCUUUCUCCAAAGACAAAGGACCUUGGAUUAUUAAACCAGUGGCUUCUUCUAGAGGAAGAGGGAUAUAUCUUGUCAGCAAUCCAAACCAGAUUCCUUUGGAUGAAAAUAUUCUUGUUUCACGCUAUAUCAACAACCCUCUGCUUAUUGAUGAUUUCAAGUUUGAUGUCAGAUUGUAUGUCCUUGUUUCAUCCUAUGAUCCCCUCGUUAUUUAUCUUUAUGAAGAAGGCCUAGCAAGGUUUGCCACAGUGAAGUAUGACCGUGCUUCUAAGAACAUAAAGAACCAGUUCAUGCACCUCACCAACUACAGUGUCAACAAAAAGAGCAGUGACUAUGUCAGCUGUGAUGAUCCAGAGGUAGAAGACUAUGGCAACAAGUGGAGCAUGAGUGCCAUGUUACGGUAUCUGAAACAAGAAGGGAAGGACACAGCAUCUCUCAUGGCACAGAUUGAAGACUUGAUUGUUAAAACAAUUCUUGCAGUUGAACUUCAUAUUGCAUCUGCCUGUAAAAUGUUCAUGUCUCACAGAGGGAACUGUUUUGAGUUGUAUGGAUUUGAUGUCCUCAUUGACUCUACUCUUAAACCUUGGCUUUUGGAAGUAAACCUUUCUCCAUCCUUGGCAUGUGAUGCCCCUCUGGAUCUGAAAAUAAAAGCCAGUAUGAUUUCAGACAUGUUUUCUCUUGUGGGUUUUGUUUGUCAAGAUCCAUUGCAAAAGCAAAACAAGUUUGGGAAAGCAUCUCUUGAUCCCAUUUUAAGAUACCAGGCUUCCAGAACUCAGCGUCAGCGCCCUAUGUCAGCAAAUGAUGCAGAUUCUAAUGGUCUGAAGGAAAAGCAGCAAGUAGGACAUGGAAGACGUGCACUGGGAUUGACAAGUGAAGAGCUUAAGGUUCUUCGAAGAGUAAAGGAAGAGCAUGAAAGGCGAGGAGGAUUCAUUAGAGUAUUUCCUACUUCAAACAGCUGGGAGAUUUAUGGAUCAUAUUUGGAGUAUAAGACAUCAAUGAAUUACAUGCUGACAACAAGACUUUUUCCUGAAAAGAGCUGUCUACACAGGAAUGUGGCACAGGGUCCAAGUGUGUUUUGUCCAGAAGUGAAACAACAUGUGGUACAGUAUGAGCGGAAGCUUCUUUCACUGGAGGCAAGGAGAAGACGGAGGCGCAAAAUUGCUUCUAAAGCUCUGCUUGGAAAAAAGUCAGGAUUAAAAGAAAAAAUGCAAGAUGAAUUCCACAGUGCAGAGGAUGAGUCUGACAAUGAAGAAGAAAAUGAGUCAGAGACAGAAGAGGAGGAGGAAGAAGAGGAGGAUGAGGAAGAAGAAGUGUCUCAGAAGCAGGAUUGCCAAAAUAAAGAUGUUCAUUCAGAAUCACAGAAUUCUGUUUCCAUAGCUACUGAAACCAGGGGGGUGGAAAAGGCACAUGAGGAUAGCGUAACUAUUAAAAGCCAACCAAAACAAAAAGUUGACCUCUUACAGAAACUUCAGCAAGGUCAAAAUCUUAGCAAAGUGCAGGCCCGCAUGGCAUUUUCAUCUUACCUGCAAAGAGUAGAGAAACGUCUCAUGGAAGAGUGCUGCGAGUCAAAUGACAAUUCAGCUUGGGCAGCAAAAGAGGAUGAACAAAUGGAAUUAGUGAUCCGUUUCCUGAAGCGAGCAGCCAGUAAUCUUCAGCAGGCCCUGAGGAUGGUUUUACCAAGCCGAAGGCUUCCGUUUUCUGCUAGACGUCGCAUUUUGUCACACCAGCUAGGAGAAUUUAUUCAUUGCUACAACAAGGAAACUGAGCAGAUGUUAAGCAAAAUGGAAAGCUUAAAAAAAGAAGUAGAACAAUAUGUAAAUGCUGACUUGUUUGAGAUGUUUGUGACUGAAGCGAGUGAGAGUGAUCUUGAAGAGGUUUUAACAUAUUAUACACACAAAAAUAAAUCAGCCAGUGUUUUUCUGGGUACUGGACCUAAAACUACCAAAUGUGUAGUGGACAGACAAUCAGAAAUUCAACGCAAAUUCAGGUCUCAAAAAGCGUUGUCAUCAAAAGAUGAAGAAUCAUGUACAUCAGAGUCUUCUACAGCUAGUGUUGUCCAUAGUUCUUGUUCUCCGAAGAGUUCUGCAGAAGAUUCAAAGUCUCAGUCUAUAGCUCUGGACUAUGCCCAGAUUUACGCUCACCGCCCUGCUUCUUCAACAUCACAUGCUACUUCAUCAACAUCCACAGCAGCAGCAUCUCCUUCAGGGGACAUAAAUUCUCCUCAGUGGUCAUCUGUACUAAGCAGGACUGCAUCUGCUACUAAUCUUUCUCGACACAGUCUACAUCAGGAAGGUUUGCGGCCUUGCAGGACUGGGACUUGUUUAGUUCCUUCUUCUGAUACAAUGUCUUCUUUACCAAGUGCCACUCAGAUAUACAGUCAGAAGCUAUCCAGGCCAACUUCUGCAAGGCAUGUUUCCACACAGAUCAAUCCCAUUAAGUCUCGACCUGGAUAUACUGUCAUGUGUAAGGAGGGUGGUCACAUCUUCCCACAGUAUGACUGCAGCCAGAUGGCAAUUGCUACUGCGCUACAAAGGCUAGCAGAGAAGCAGGCCUCAAGACAAUAUUCUGCCUCCAGCCACAUUAGCCUCCUGACUCAGCAUUUGAGCAAUCUUAACCUGUCAAAUGGUGCUUUCAAUCAUGGGAGUUCACCUUUUAAUCCUGCGUGCUGCACUGCCGCUUCUUCGUCCAGGCCAUUAAGAGGCUUGCCAUCAGAGACUGCCCUGGCCAGUAAUAUAAGAGCUGUUAAAGAAAGAAAUUGCACAUUGGACGGAGAUCCUAAUAAUUCCUGUAGCAUUGUCCCUGGAGUUAUACCACAGCAAAGAUACCACCCUGCUUCUGGCUGUUACCAACUUCAGUUUGCAAUACAACAACUACAGCAACAGAAACUGCAGUCCAGACAAUUGCUGGAUCUUAGCAGAGCAAGGCACCAGGCAAUUCUUGAAGAACAUCCCUUGAACACCAAUUGUUCAAUACAAGCACUGGACACAGGCAACUCUGCAAAUCCAUGGCCUGUAACUUCAAAUUCUAACCUUCAGGGUUCAUCAAUGGUAGCAAAGCAGGGUCUUCCCCCUAGCACAAGCCAUCUUGCUCCAAAGCCCCCAACUAGCAAGAGAUCUGGAGUGAUCAGAAAGUCUGCAACACAGCGAUCUGGAAAGUCUCAUUGUACAAACUAGGCUGACGGUGAUGAGAGGUCUGGCACAAGGUUCAUCGGCGGGCACUGGGCUCCACACACGGCAGGGUCUGAACUGAAGUGCUGUGGUCUGCGGUGACUGAAAUCCAAGAAGAGGGGCAUUCACUCCCAGGCGCACACACGUGUAAAUCUGUGUUGGAAGGGAGGUGGGGGUCCUGGCAUUCAAUGGAACCCCCCUUACUUGCUCACAACUCCAAUUGUGUGCAAUUAGACACGGGUUGUAUGACUGAAUAUCAGUUUUGUUUUUUUGGUUUUACUAUACACUGACUUGAUGUGAUAUUUUAAGCUGACCAUGCAGCAUUUUCAGUAUCGAGUGGAGCGACUCACGGCGUUCACACGCGUUUGCUCCCAACUAUUUAAACUGGGAUUGAAAAGCCUCUUGGCGGAAGUGUAUGCAGUUAACUUUACAGGGUGGCUUUUUUCUUUCCAUCAAUCGUGUAUUUUUUUAAUAAGAUGUAUAUACUAGAAUCCUUUUAAUAGAUUGAAUUUUAACUUCCCCCCCCCCCCCAAAAAGAGAAGGAGUGUAAAAGACCUGCUGGCAAAAGCUCAAAAGUGAACACAAGUGCCUUGAAAAUGGGGACUGAACAGCCACUUGAAGCCGGUUGGUUUGUUUUUACUUUACAUUUCAGGAGCGCGGUGGCCACGUUCUGAUUUGAUUGGUCGCAUUCCUUUCUGCUCCCUCCUGGUCCACGUUGGGAAAUCAGAAAGGAUUUGCUGUUUUUUAUGAAUGACUUUGUAGUGUUCAGAUAGCUUUAGGAUUUCAGUUGUGAAAAGAUCAAGACGUCUGACGUACAGUAGAUGACAUGUGCAAUAUUACUGCAGGGACUGUAAUGCCUUUUUAGACACUUUUGUGGUUAACAAAAAAAGAGAAUAAUUGUUUUAUUCCUGAUGUAAUUUCAAAUAAAAUUUAAAAUUGUU